UCAGUAAUAUUGGCAAAGAGUUAUAUUUUCAAAUUUUAGAAUUAUUUUUUUAUUAUAUUGUUUAUAAGUGGCCAGUUCUAAGAACUUUCAGUUUGACCCUCGUAUAUCAUUGUAAUUUUUACAUAUGAUAUAUUUCUAUUGUCGUUAUAAUAAUAAAUAUUAAAAUAAAAAAAGCAUUUAAGGGGGCGCCCACACAAAAUACGUAUUUUCUUUGCUCGCACUUGGCUUAAUACUCAUAUUCUUUAUUAUUUUUUGUUUAGGCUCUUGUUGGUUAUCCUGACAGCGAGCAGUUUCACAUAUUUGAAUUGACUAAACAAUUACCAAGAUUUUCAAUGUAUACCAUAGCCCCACAAAAUGUGAUAGUUUCAAAAGAUAGCUAUGUGACCUUCAGAAUAACAGAAAGAGUACAGAGAAUUUGUAUUUGGAUAAACCAGAACUUUCUCUUGGAUCAAGAGUUGGAGCUCACGUCGGAGGAGACAAAGGAACUCCAGUUGACUCUAUACAGUUUGAGGGACCAAUCUUUACUGAACAUGAAUUUUGGAUCCGAUGGAAAUGUGAAAUUUUACACAUCCGAUAUCAGAUUAGCGGGAGACCUUGUACAGAGUCUUGCUAUUUAUUUGAAUCUCAUUGAUUUACAGGUAACCAGUUAUGAUUUAAAAAACACCACCUUAUUUAUAAAAAAACUUUAAGGGUUAAAAAUUGAACAGGCAAGUUCA